AUGGAGGACCGCCCUUCCCACUCCGACUAUGAAGUCGUCCCUGGAACAGUCUAUCUCGUCACUCGACCAUCCUACAACACCAAUGAAAAUGGAGACAUUAUCCUUGUUCCGACUCCAUCUGACAGUCUGGGUGAUCCACUUCGGUGGUCAGUCUGGCGGAAGAGAUAUCAUCUAUUCUUGCUCGUCAUAUACAGCACUGUCAUGACUGCCCUCGGCAACUGGGAAAGUUCUGUUUAUGUCGAUAUUCAAGAUGCGCUUGGGACAUCUAUCAACCAACUCAACAUCGGUACUGCCUUGACACUACUGAUGCUUGGAGUUGGAAAUGUCUUUUUCACGCCUCUUUCUCAUAAGUUUGGUCGGCGCAUUGCAUACCUUUCCAGUUUGGCUGUAGUGAUCGGUUGCCAUAUCUGGCUUGCAUCUGCAAGAAACUCCGGUGACUUCAUCGGCGCUCACGUCCUCUUUGGACUAAGCCGUGCGCCAUACGAGGCUCUCGUUCCCAUCUCGAUCGCCGAUAUCUUCUUUGCUCAUGAGCGAGGUUUCGCCUUGGGUAUUUACGCCUUCGGUCUAUCAGCAGGCUCGUCAGUCGGUCCAAUUUGCUCUGGGUACAUGAUCGAAACUCUCGGUUGGCGUUGGGUAUAUUGGUGGGGUGCUAUCUUGUGUGGUGUGCUCUUUGUUGCUAUCUUCUUUACUCUGGAAGAAAGCAACUUCCCCAGAGAUUCGGAGCUACCUCAAGAUCCAGAGCAUGUAGCCCAAGAGUCUGUCUUGGAGGCCAUCCAACACGACGAUAAAGGAGAAAAGCAACUACAUUCCGCACUGACUAAUGGUAGUGUAUACAGAGUUGGCCAAGUCCUGGAGACAGACUCAUUUCGUCUUCAGUACCGCCCUUGGGUUGUUCUUCCAGGAACUUGGGGACAGUUUGUCAGGCAGGUCUAUCGACCUCUGCAACUAGCUUGGUUUCCAGCCAUUGUUUGGAGCGGUCUCGAGUACGGGGCUUGCGUAUCAUGGAUUACCGUCUUGGGAACCACUACAGCUUCCAUCUUGGGCUCAUCACCCUAUAACAUGAGCAAUGAGGCCUUGGGUCUGAUCUGGCUAUCCCCUCUUAUUGGAGGUCUCUUCGGAGCCUUGAUGGCGGGUCCUUUUAACGACAAGCUUGUCCUAUUCCUCACACGCCGAAACCGCGGCUGGUUCGAGCCAGAGUUCCGUCUCUGGGUUUUCAUCCCAAUGGCAUUCCUAAUGUCAGGUGGCCUCCUACUUUACGGCGUCGGCGCAGCUAAUUCGUUACCUUGGGUCGGGCCCGUUGUCGGCAUGGGGCUCGUUGGCUUUGGGUUGACUGUUGCAGCUGCGCUUACGAUGGCGUAUGUUGUUGACUGCUACAAGGAGGUUGAUGGUGAAGCCAUCACGACUGUUAUCUUGAUCAGAAACAUCAUUGGCUGUGCUAUGACGUUUGGUAUUCAACCUUGGAUUGACAGUAUGGGUGUGCAGGAUACCUUUAUCCUGGUUGGUUUCCUGUCAUUUAUCAUCACUGUAUUCGCAGGUGCAUUCAUCAUUUGGGGAAAGAAGUUUCGAUUCCUUACCAAGAUGGCAUAUCUAAGCUUCGCGGGAACUUCCUCUGGGGCAAACUAA